AUGCGUUAUAGGAAUAUCCCUAUUGAUUUAUUAAGAGUGUUUUUCUCAGUAGAGUCCUUGGAUGCUCGAAUUAAGCCACAACAAAGAAAAAAUAAAUUAAUAUCUGGUAGUAGUAGUAAUAAUAAUACUACUAGUACUGCUACUAGUACUGCAACUACUUCUACUACAAUUCAUAAUGUAAGAUGGAAUACAUACGAGUUCAAGUUUUAUUAUCUAGCUUUCAUUAUUGUAAUACCUAUGAUGUUUGUAACUGCCAUGAAUGCAAGUACAGAGAAGAACAUUGCUAACUAUUAUAAAUUUGAAAGAUUGUUAUCUAACGGUUGGUUGUUUGGACGCAAAGUAGAUAAUAGUGAUGCCCAGUAUAGAUUCUUUAGAGAUAACUUCCCUUUGCUUAUCACAUUAAUCUUAUCCCAUGUUUUAUUCAAAAGAUUCGUUUUAAUGAUAAUAGGCAUCUCAAAGUUAAAGUUCGACAUGUUUUUUGGCCUGUUUUUCCUUUUCGUCGCCCACGGAUUCAAUUCAUUAAGAAUCUUAGCCCAUAUGAUGGUAAUGUAUUCUAUUGUCCAUCUAUUGAAAAGAAAAAGACAUUGGACCACUUGUCUAACUUGGGUCUAUGGUAUCUCAACUCUAUUUAUUAAUGACAAAUACAGGAAUCUACCAUUUGGUUCUCUUUUACCCUUUCUGAAACCAAUUGACCAACUAAAAUUUAAUGGAAUCAUUGAACGUUGGGAUGUUUUCUUUAAUUUCACUCUAUUAAGACUGAUUAGUUAUAAUUUGGAUUAUUUGGAACGGUGGGAUAACCAAUUUAAAACUUUGAAAAAAACUGAUAUCGGUAUAGGUAAUGAUAACGAUAGUUUAAUCCAAGAAGAUCUAUCUUUACAAAAGUCUAGUCGUUUGAAUUCUGCUGAUAUCUCCUUGCCCACUAUCUUAGAAGAUGGUAACAAACUUCAAGAUCAUAUGGAUAGCACUACUCAUACCGAAAAUACUAAUAGAAACCACAGUAUUCACGGUGAAAACAACGAAAUGAAUGAGAAAAUCAAUAAUGCUAAAAGUAUUACCACUAAUGGUUCUGCUUAUGAUAAUUACUAUGAUAUCGAAUUGUUAACUAAUGAAAGGGCAAGAUUGGUGGCUCCUCAUCAUAUUCAAGAAUACUCAAUAAAUAACUUUAUUGCAUAUGUGCUAUAUACUCCGUUAUACAUUGCAGGUCCUAUUAUUACCUUUAACGAUUACGUCUAUCAGUCUAAAAAUACUCUACCAUCAAUUAAUAGAAUUAGGAUAGGUAAAUACUUGAUUAGACUCAUCCUUACAAUCUUGGUCAUGGAAUUCAUCUUACAUUUCACUUAUGUGGUAGCCGUAUCCAAGACAAAGGCAUGGGAAGGCGAUUCACCCUUCCAAAUAUCGAUGAUUGGUCUAUUCAAUUUGAAUAUAAUUUAUUUGAAAUUGUUAAUUCCUUGGAGAUUGUUCAGACUAUGGGGGUUAUUAGAUGGUAUUGAUACACCAGAGAAUAUGAUCCGACUAGUGGAUAACAACUACAGUGCAUUAGCAUUUUGGAGAGCAUGGCAUCGCUCCUAUAACAAGUGGGUAGUUCGUUACAUAUAUAUCCCAUUGGGCGGAUCUAAAAACCGUAUACUGACUUCAUUAGCUGUAUUUUCCUUUGUUGCUAUAUGGCAUGACAUCGAAUUAAAAUUAUUAUUUUGGGGCUGGUUAAUAGUUUUGUUUUUAAUUCCUGAGAUUGUAGCUACCGAGGUAUUUCAACCUUACAGACAAGAAUGGUGGUAUAGACACAUGUGUGCAUCGGGUGCUGUGGUAAAUAUUUGGAUGAUGAUGAUAGCUAAUCUCUUCGGCUUUUGUUUAGGCCCAGAUGGGACAAAAGCUCUAUUAUGGGAUAUGUUCUCUACUAGUAAUGGUUUAUCUUUCUUUGUGAUUGCCAGUGGAUGCAUAUUUAUUGCUGUACAGAUAAUGUUUGAAAUACGUGAAGAAGAGAAAAGAAAUGGAAUCUUUUUAAAAUGUUAG